AUGGAGAAUCUUCAUAGUGAUAUCAUAGAAAACAUACUUUCUCGAUUAUCAAUUGAGGCAGCUUUACAUGCCAAACGAGUAUGCACAACUUGGAGAGAAAUCCUUCGUUGUAAAACUGAAAAACCAGGUUUCUUUUUUGGUUUAUCUCGUAAAGUUAAACGUGAAGGUGGUGUCAGUAAGAGUAGAAUUAGUAGAAAACGUUUUUUCUACGAAGAUGAAUAUGAUCAUUAUGAUCAUGCGAAGAUGAACUACUAUCACUCUUACAACACACUUUCGGAGAUACAACACGGCAGAUUUAUUACAAAAUAUCUCUCGAGAUAUAUCAUGGUUGGGUCUUGCCAUGGUUUGGUUUGUUUCCGAAAAUCCAAUGAACAUACUCAAGGCGCCAUUGAUCCUUUUCUAAUUCGCAACCCGUUAAUUGGAGAAUUAAUUGUUCUUCCCGAAUAUAAUUACUCUGAUCAAUUGCCGACUGAUAUAUCUAGCACAACUCCUCCCACAAGUCGUUUAACAAGUGGGUUUGGUUAUUGUCCUUCGACAAAUAGCUACAAGGUUGUGACAAUAUAUUAUUAUCAUGGGAAAAAUAAGGGACAUGUUCAAGUGUAUACUGUUGGUCGUGAGUGGAGAUACAUUGGAUUCAUUGUUCGUCCUUACUCACUCGAUUAUUUUUCAGGUAUCUAUGCAAAUGGAGCACUUUACUGGUUGCACGAUAAGGUACAAAACUGUGAGACUGUCGCCUUUGAGUUGGAAGCUGAAACGUUUGAUUACAUCCCAUUGCCAAGUUCUGUAGAUUCUGAGUACAAAGAUUAUUCUCUUUCUGUACUACAUUUGCUUGGCGCGAAUAAUAAAUUGUAUUUAUUUCAUAAAACUUAUCAAGCUUCUCGCACUGACAUAUGGGUGUACAUGUCAAAUAAUACGAGCAUUGGAACUAAUAACACCAUCACCAUGAAAGAGUGUAAUCAGGAAGAGAAAUACCACGACAGAGGUUCACCGUGUUGGAUUAAGAGAUUUAGUAUCCGCUGGGAAGUUCCUUUUUUUACGCCAUUUGCAAUCACAAGGAGCAAUGAAGUUUUAUUGUGGAAGUGUGUUGGACCGAGACUCUAUUGCUAUGAUCCUAACACUUCAACCUUAAAGAGACUUUGGGAUGGUACGGCGAAGGGUACGAAAUGGGAUUACGUUGAGGCAAUUCCUCACAGGCAGAGCAUUGUUUCUUUGAAGGAUUUGGGAGAAAAAAAUGUUACGUCUUUAAAAGACUUGGAGAAACUGAUGUUACAAGCUAGUUCGAAAGAUUCUGGCGAAGGCGAUGUUACCGUUUACGAAUCUGCAACAAUACCUUCAACCGAAACAAGAGAUGCUAAAAGAUCAAAGAAUUGUUAA